AUGUGAUGCAUUAUGGGAUAUGUUGUCUCUGUGCUCCUCCUGCAGCCGCGAGCGGUGAACGUGGAUCUGCAGACGGACGCCACGCUGCAGGUCGACAUCUCCGACGCUUUGAGUGAGAGAGACAAGGUCAAGUUCACCGUCCACACCAAGAGCACGCUCCCUAACUUCAAGCAGAACGAGUUCUCGGUGGUUCGACAGCAUGAAGAGUUCAUCUGGCUGCACGACUCCUUCGUGGAGAACGAAGACUACGCCGGAUACAUCAUCCCUCCAGCCCCUCCCAGACCAGACUUUGACGCCUCCAGAGAGAAGCUGCAGAAGCUGGGGGAGGGAGAAGGAUCCAUGACGAAGGAGGAGUUCACCAAGAUGAAGCAGGAGCUGGAGGCAGAGUACCUCGCCAUCUUCAAGAAGACUGUCGCCAUGCACGAGGUCUUCCUGUGCCGCGUCGCUGCUCAUCCCGUCCUCAGGAAAGACCUCAACUUCCAUGUCUUCCUGGAGUACAACCAGGAUCUGAGCGUACGAGGGAAGAACAAGAAGGAAAAGUUGGAGGAUUUCUUUAAGAACGUGGUGAAGUCAGCUGACGGCGUGCUGGUGGCCGGGGUUAAGGACGUCGACGACUUUUUUGAACACGAGAAAACGUUCCUGUUAGAAUAUCACAACAGAGUCAAAGACGCCUCGGCCAAGUCUGACAGAAUGAUCCGCUCGCACAAAAACGCAGCAGACGACAUCAACAGAAUCGCCUCGUCUCUCUACACGUUAGGUACACAGGACUCCACGGACCUCUGCAAGUUCUUCCUGAAAGUCUCGGAGCUGUUUGAGAAAACCAGGAAAAUUGAAGCUCGAGUCGCAGCAGACGAAGACCUGAAGCUGGCCGACCUGCUCAAGUAUUACCUGAGAGAGUCACAGGCUGCCAAGGACCUCCUGUACCGGAGGAGCCGAGCUCUGGUGGACUACGAGAACGCCAACAAAGCUCUGGACAAAGCCCGGGCCAAGAACAGGGACGUCCUGCAGGCCGAGACCAGCCAGCAACUCUGCUGCCACAAGUUUGAGAAGAUCUCUGAGUCUGCCAAGCAAGAGCUCAUCGACUUUAAGACGAGGCGAGUGGCGGCGUUCAGGAAGAACCUGGUGGAGCUGGCUGAGCUGGAGCUCAAACACGCCAAGGGUAACCUCCAGCUGCUCCAGUCCUGUCUGGGUGUCCUGAAAGGAAACACUUAACUGUGUGACUCCGCCUACAUCCAACCAGAAACGCCCCUUCGCUAGAGCCCUGCCCAUGUAACUGGACACACACAUCAUGGGGCGGAGCGAGGCGGAUGGACGAUCAACACUAAGAACUGUGGACCAGAGAGAGAGAGUUAAAAAUAGAAACAGGGAGUCUUCAUCUGUAACCAGACACCGUCCUCUUCAUCUUUAACCCCCCCCCUCCUCCUCUAGUACCUGUACAGGUUAUCAGACCACUAGCAGCACCUGGACUGGGUCUACAGGUUCACCUGAGAGACCCAAGAGAUCCUGAUCCUCAAACGAUAGAAAGAAUGAAAAUAACCCUCCUCCUUCAAACGUCCACUAGGGGGUGCUGAUACAUCAGAAACCAGAGCUGGUCUUCAGCGAGCAUGUUCAGAAACCUGAUGAGUCCUAGACCGCCGGCCCUGAGAGGUUUAUUCAGUGAUCAGGAUCUCCUCCAUCCUCAUCAGAGAUGUUUGGACACCAUGGAGAAGCUGCAGAGGAAACCCUCGCUCCUCUGCAGCUUCUCCUUCCUGUCAGUUUCCUGCUAUUGGCCAAUCAUGAAGGACGCCACGUCCACACAGCAAGAGGCCGCUGGACUGGGCGGCUCCAGAGGUGGGACGGUUGGUCCCGCUGAUGUAGACCUGACCGUGUAUGCUGGGCUGUAGAAAACCAAUCAGUGACUAAUCAAUGACAUCACUGAUCCGUUAGGGCUGCAGGUCAUGUGACUGGAGGUCGACGUUGACAAGCUUUAAGAUUAAAUAAAGCUUUUUUUUUUUUUUUUUUUUUUUUUUUUAAUCUGAGAUAGGAGACGCCAGAUCCACCAGAGAACGGUUCAGAGUUUUGGUUAAACCAGCGUUUUCACAUCCGUGGAUCAUUUCUAGAACAGUUCAGUUUUAGUGAUCAAUAACGUCGACAAGGACCAGAACCAAACUAAAACCAGUUUCAGAGACGCAAGAAUCCUCUCACAGUCAGGACAAAGGUCUGAAAGACGGAGCCGUGGGUAGAGUCUGAUAUCAGAGAGAGAGAGAGAGAGAGCCCUGUGGGCCCCCCAAUACUGAGGGCCCCCGGGCCCCCCAAUACUGAGGGCCCCCAGGCCCCCUAACACUGAGGGCCCCCAGGCCCCCUAACACUGAGGGUCUGUGGGCUCCCUAACACUGAGGGCCCCCAGGCCCCCUCAGCUGCAGCGUUUGAUCUGUAAACAGUAGUCCGGGUCCAGGACUUGUGUAGUAGUCUGGGUCCAGGACUUGUGUGGUUGCCGUGCUAUCAGACAGGUGUGCUUGUUUUUUCUAGAUUCAGGGUCAGGGUUUAAAUCUGGAGUCCAGGAUGUGAGUCUAGUAUGCGUAGCCCCAGUCCAGGUCCAGGUACGUUAAUCUGGGGUCAUGGCGUGCAGCUCACCCUGAUACAUUCAGGACUUUAGCAGACGUUAGGAACCGUUCUCCAGUCUCUAAAGUCACUGAUGACCAGGUCUAGUUCCAGUCCGGUCCAGGUGCUGAGGUCUGCCCUCCUCCUCCCCUCCCCUCUCCUCUGUCGUCUUAUUUUGGCGGGUGUUUUCUUGUGUGGCUGACUUCCUGUGCUGCUGUGUGGAGGAGCUCUCUGGUUCCUGUUCUUAUGAAAGUGUCACUAAAUAAAGCCUUGUAUAUGUUUGUUUUAGUUCACUAACGAGCGCUAAUCAUCCUCCUGGUCGUCACUAACUCUAGCCUGUCUUCAUCUCUUCUGUCAUUCCAGCUGGCAGUGGAGCGUCGCUCUGUUUGCCUUAACGUCCAUCACUCGCUCUCUUUGAUUUCCUGUAAAAAUUAGACGGUUUUUUGUUCCCCUUCUUUUUUAAAGUGCACUGUAUACGAAUGUUUUUUCACUCUUAUGUGACCAAAGCUUCCAUUUCUGAUUCAACAAAAUAAAAAGAGCCGAUUCUGAAAUCACAACAUUUUAGUGGUAUAAACUUCAGCAGGUCUGUGAUCCACCCUGGUCAUCCUGAGACUGAAUAAAACUCUACGGACACUUUCUUAAA